AUGAUGAGUUAUCCUUGGACGUUUGCAGCUUGGGGAAUGGAUUUCAUUGGCCCUAUGGAGCCAGCCGCCUCAAAUGAACACAGAUUUGGGAUCCCUGAGUCAAUUAUUACAGAUAAUGGAUUUAAUCUCAAUAGCGGUUUGAUGCAUGAUAUAUUUGAGAAGUUCAAAAUUAUUCACCGUAAUUCCACUCCUUAUCGACUUCAGAUGAAUGGAGCAGUUGAGGCAGCCAACAAAAAUAUCAAGAGGAUACGGUGGAAUAUGAUUGAUAACUACAAGCAUUGGCAUGAGAAUUUACCAUUUUCCCUUUUUGUCUACCGCACCAUAAUAAGUACUUCUACUGAGGCAACACCUUAUCAUUUGGUUUAUGGAAUGGAAGCAGUGUUACCAAUGGAAGUUGAGAUGCCAUCUCUGAGGAUUAUCCAAGAAGUUCUGUUGAGUGAUGUCAAAUGGAUGCAAAAUUGA